AUGGCCGGUAAAACACCCGUACCUAGACUUCCUCCUUUGCCCAGGUUGAAAGUGAAGAAACCGAUUAUUCAACAAGAAACUAACAAAUGCUUGGUGCUCAUGUCGAAUUUACUGCAGUGCUGGUCGUCCAACGGCCACAUGAGCCCCGUGUGUGAGAACCUCGUGAAAGACUUGAAAUUGUGCUCGUCUGAAAAUGCCACGGGAAAAAACGCUGGUGUUCAAAAAAGCAGCAUCAAUUACCAUGCAGCAAGACUUUACGAUCGGGUUUCUGGUAAACCUCACGAUUGA